AAGACCGUGCCCAGUAGAGUGCCCAUGAAGGACUGUUUCGGGCCAGCACACGAAGCUGAAAGGGGCCAAGAGCAAGCUGACUCAUGGAGGCUGGGGGUUCUGUCCACUGUCAAAGCAGCUGGCCAUGGCCUCAGGAGCAACAGGAAAUUGGUGUCCCUGGAACCAGUUGGAGAUAUGACCCCCGUACAGGAGCAGAGGGACAUGGAGGGCUGAGUCCCACAGCAGGGAUCACGCCUGGUUGGGCUUGGGGGUCCAUACGCGGAGCCACUGCAAAGCAAGAACCCUACCCAGAGGAUCAUCGCAGCACCCCCGCAAUCCACUACCUUUUGUCAAGUAUCUCAUGACAGUUUGCUCAGGCCUUGUUGAAUUUUGUAUUUGUUGCGUCCAGACCACCACGACCCGUGGGGGUUGCACCCGUGCCUGUGCCCAUGAAAGCGCAUCCAAUCUCCGUAUCUGAUCUUGCACAAGCCUCCUCCCUCCCCUGACCCAAGUAUCUUCAUCGAACAAGACGACAUCACGGCUCUGACGCUAUGAAGGAACUCCAAGGGGUCAGAAUAAACGAAACGUGGACAGUUAAACUGGGGGCUUCUGGGCCACAGCAGCGCUGCUGCUCAGGCGCCAGUCAGUCGUGCUGCAAGGACCGUGCCGUCGGGGCACGACCCCAGGCUCACGCGUGCCAAGCCGAGCUCAGACCGUCGGGCCGGCAACUCUUCGGUCCCAAGACUACAGAUUCUGACGCACCAACGAACGCGCGUCUAAUCACCAGCGCGCUCCACCCGACCGAGCACCCGCGGGUCCCCGAGGACCAGGAGUGCAGCAGCCGGGCUAGAGCUCCGCGGACGGGCACUUCCGGCGGCGCCCUUGGUAACCGUUUCCAAGGAAGGCCCCCGGAAGUGAACCCUGCGCCUGCGCGCGGUGCCCGGCUGCGCCUGCGCACGGAGCGGGGGCCGCAGGCUUCAUGGAGGAGCCGGAGUCGGAACUGAUCCGCCUGAAGUGUGUCCGUAAGGAAGGCUACUUCACGGUGCCCCCGGAACACAGGCUGGGGCGAUGCCGGAGCGUGAAGGAGUUUGAGAAGUUGAACCGCAUUGGGGAAGGCACCUAUGGCAUCGUGUAUCGAGCCCGGGACACCCAGACCAACGAGAUUGUCGCCCUGAAGAAAGUGAGGAUGGACAAGGAGAAGGACGGGGUUCCCAUCAGCAGUCUGCGUGAGAUCACGCUGCUCCUCCGCCUGCGACACCCCAACAUUGUGGAGCUGAAGGAGGUGGUUGUGGGAAACCACCUGGAGAGCAUCUUCCUGGUGAUGGGUUACUGCGAGCAGGACCUGGCCAGCCUGCUGGAGAACAUGCCGACGCCCUUCUCUGAGGCGCAGGUGGGUGGCGAGGCGGGCCCUGGCUGUCCCCGCCCUCUGACGUGUGCGGAGGCGGCCCUGAGUGCCGCCCUUGCUCUCUGGCAGGUGAAGUGCAUUGCCCUGCAGGUGCUUCGCGGUCUCCAGUACCUGCACCGGAACUUCAUCAUCCACAGGUGGCGGGCCCGGAGGGGGGCACCUACCCAGCUAGCGGAACCCUGCCUGUGCGGCUGCUGGGCAGCAGUGGUGGCGGCCGUGCUCAGACUGCCCGGGAAAAGGAGCCACAGGGCUAGGGCGGGCUGGGCUGGGUGGCACAGGCCCCCGCAGGCAGAGCCUGGCCUGGGCGGUUGGUGCACCCUAGGAGCCCCACUGCUUUCUCUCCCCAGGGACCUCAAGGUCUCCAACCUGCUCAUGACCGACAAGGGCUGCGUGAAGACUGCUGACUUUGGCCUGGCCAGGGCCUACGGCACUCCUGUGAAACCAAUGACCCCCAAGGUGGUCACACUGUGGUACCGAGCCCCAGAGCUGCUGCUGGGCACCGCCACGCAGACCACCAGCAUUGACAUGUGGGCAGUGGGCUGCAUCCUAGCUGAGCUCCUGGCCCACAGACCACUUCUUCCGGGCACGUCUGAGAUCCACCAGGUGGACCUGAUUGUGCAGCUGCUGGGAACACCCAGUGAGAACAUCUGGCCGGGCUUCUCCAAGCUGCCGCUGGCCAACCAGUACAGCUUGCGGAAGCAGCCCUACAACAACCUAAAGCACAGAUUCCCCUGGCUCUCCGAGGCCGGUCUGCGCCUGUUGCACCUGCUCUUCAUGUAUGACCCCAAGAAAAGGUGCUGGCGGCCUGCAGGGGCACCCCAACACGGCUUCUUAGGCCCCUGGCCAUGGGUGGGUGGGUGGGAGGCACUGGUGGGGCCUGCUAAUGUGGGUGUCCCCUCCAGGGCCACGGCUGGGGACUGCCUGGAGAGCUCCUACUUCAAGGAGAAACCCUUGCCCUGCGAGCCGGAGCUCAUGCCCACCUUCCCCCACCACCGGAACAAGCGGGCUGCCCCAGCCACAUCCUCGGGGGCCGAGGCCCAGAGCAAGCGCUGCAGACCUUGACGUGGGCACCGAGGGGAUGGUGCCAGGUCAGCAGCCCUGCCGUCCCCUGCCAGCGCCAUCCCAGGGAAGGCUUGCCGAGCCCAUCUCCCUGUGCCUGGGGGCCCUCUUGGUCUCCAGGGCCUGCCAGGUUGGGCUGUGGCAAAGCCUGUCCCUGCCGGCAGGAGCCCCAAGAGAUUAAACGCUUUUCUGGCACCCAUGGA